AUGAACGGGUCCAUCUUUAACAAGGAUCUCAAGUUCAUGAACGGGUUGUUGACCAGUCUCAUCUGCUUUGUGUUGGGGCUGGACUUUGGGACGUCACAUCCCUUCGAACAAUUGCACCAGAAACCUGUGCGUGAGAGACAGAAGCUUCUUAGAGAGCAGCACGUGAUUGAAGAGGUGUUCAAGGUCUUGAAG